CAUUGCCAAUACUAACUAUAUAUAUAUUAUGUGAAACAGAGGUCCAAAGAUAUCAAUAACUCUACUGACAUUACUGUUAAUACUAGUAGCAGUUCUUCAUCUUCUUCACCUAUUAAUGGUGGUUUAACAAGAAAACCCAGAAAAAAUCAUAGCUUGAAAUUCAGCAAUUGUUCUUUGAACUUGAAAAGGUGGUUUUUUUUUUCAAAAGACAAGUUAAAAGUAUGGAGCAUACUUCUGCUAAGGAUAUUGUUGAUGAGAAAUCCGCCGUUGGUGGUGGUGUUCUUGACGUUUACGGUGAAGAUUUCGCCACCGAGGAUCAGCUCGUUACACCUUGGACCGUUUCUGUUGCUAGUGGAUAUUCAUUGUUGAGGGAUCCACACUUCAACAAAGGACUGGCUUUCUCCGAAAGAGAAAGAGAUGCCCACUACUUGCGUGGUCUUCUACCUCCUACAGAAAUCUCUCAGCAGCUUCAGGAGAAGAAAACAAUGCACAACAUUCGGCAAUAUCAAGUUCCUUUGCAAAAGUACAUGGCCAUGAUGGACCUGCAGGAAAGAAAUGAAAGGCUGUUCUACAAGAUUCUCAUUGACAAUGUUGAAGAAUUACUCCCAAUUGUCUAUACACCCACUGUUGGUGAGGCCUGUCAGAAAUAUGGAAGCAUCUUCAAGCAUCCUCAGGGUCUAUACAUCAGUUUAAAAGAGAAGGGAAGAAUUCUUGAAGUUCUGAGAAAUUGGCCUGAGAGAACCAUACAAGUUAUAGUGGUGACAGAUGGUGAACGGAUUUUGGGGCUCGGUGACCUUGGUUGUCAGGGAAUGGGAAUACCUGUUGGAAAAUUAGUUCUUUAUACUGCGCUUGGAGGAGUUCGUCCAUCAGCUUGUUUGCCAAUAACCAUUGAUGUCGGGACUAACAGUGAGAAAAUGCUUAACGAUGAGUUCUACAUUGGUCUAAGACAAAAAAGAGCAACUGGGAAGGAAUAUGAUGAACUUCUUGAGGAGUUCAUGAGUGCAGUGAAGCAGAACUAUGGAGAAAAAGUUCUUAUACAGUUUGAAGACUUUGCCAACCACAAUGCCUUCAAGCUGCUCUCAAAAUACUCAACAAGUCAUCUUGUGUUCAAUGAUGAUAUUCAGGGAACUGCAUCUGUUGUUCUAGCAGGAGUUGUUGCGGCACUAAAAUUAGUUGGUGGCACCUUGGCAGAACAAACAUUUUUAUUCCUCGGAGCUGGAGAAGCUGGUACAGGAAUUGCUGAACUUAUUGCUCUUGAGAUGUCCAAACAGACAAAAGCACCUUUGGAAGAAACUCGCAAGAAGAUUUGGCUGGUUGACUCUAAGGGCUUGAUUGUCAGCUCAAGAAAUAAUUCACUUCAAGAGUUUAAGAAGCCAUGGGCUCAUGAACAUGAGCCUCUUGUUGAUCUCACAAGUUCUGUCAAGGCAAUUAAGCCAACCGUAUUGAUUGGAUCAUCUGGUGUGGGGAAAACAUUUACAAAAGAAGUCAUCGAGUCCAUGGCCUCUUUUAAUGAGAAACCUCUGAUUAUGGCUCUUUCUAACCCUACAACGCAAUCAGAAUGCACUGCAGAAGAAGCUUAUACUUGGACUAAGGGUCGUGCAAUUUUCGCUAGUGGCAGUCCCUUUGACCCUGUUGAGUAUGAGGGAAAAACUUUUGUUCCUGGCCAGGCCAACAAUGCCUACAUCUUUCCUGGAUUCGGGCUGGGUUUAGUGAUGUCUGGUGCAAUCCGAGUCCAUGAUGACAUGCUUCUGGCAGCUUCGGAAGCCUUGGCUGGACAAGUGACUCAAGAGAAUUAUGACAAUGGGAUGAUCUAUCCACCGUUCUCCAAUAUUAGGAAGAUAUCAGCACAAAUUGCUGCUAAUGUUGCUGCAAAGGCCUAUGAUCUAGGUUUGGCAAGUCGCCUCCCUCGUCCUGAAAACCUUGUCAAGUGUGCAGAGAGUUGUAUGUAUAGCCCAGUUUACCGCAGCUACCGUUAAUUGAGUAAAUGACGACAGAUACAGCAAGUGUGUUGCCUCUAUGUUUCUUGUCAAAGGCUUUUUUUUUUUUUUUUUUUUUUUUUUUUCAUUGUGUGAUUUUGUGAGUAGGUGUGUAUUUAAGGGAAUAAUUACUUUUAGUAAUGGCAGCAACCAUAUGUAUUGUAUGUUUCAUAUUUAUCUGGCUAAGUCGCCUAAGAGGCUAAGAGUCUGUAAGCAUCCAUAGGACUGUUUGUUGUUUGUUCAUAUGUUGUGCAAGUGUAAGUUUGUGAAUAACGUCGAUGAAAAUGUAAUCUAUGGAAAUGAAAGCUUGUAAAAUGUUGAUGAAAUGUAAGCUUGUAAAAUGUUGAUGGAAAUGUAAGUUUGUGUUUGAACAAAAGACUUCGUAAACAAUUGCUAGUACAUGAA